AUGGAUAGGAUUUUAUCUUUCAUUUACAUUUCGGUAACAAAAUUUCAGUCAGAACCACACACAAAUCUCCAUCAACAUGAUAACAAAAUAAUUAUUGCCUAUACUCGGCUAACACGUGCUGGCCUAAUAUACAUCGACGGACUAACAUCCGGCCUUGGCCUUCGGAAAGAGGAGUGCCGACUGGUUGAUGACGCCGUGCAAGAAGACGAUGACGAUGAAUAUGUAGGUGAUGAUUCAGGUGAACAAUCAGUCGGGUCUACGGCUCGUUGCUUUGACUGA